CUUGGGCAACUCAGUCAUGUGGGCCCACAAAGUUAUUUUGAGCCACAUCCUUUUUGUAGCCGUUGUGGGUUGCGGGUCUUCAAAAGGAUAUAUAUAUUCCUCUGUUGAGAUUGUUGGGGAGUUUUUAGAAGAUUAUAUUCUGAGUCCUUGUCUCCUUAAGACUUCUUAGUAUCUUAGGUAGAGAGUCCUCAAGUUGCUGGUUGAAAUUAAACUCUGGUUGUUUGCUUUUGAUAGAGAAUCCCCGAACCUUUGAAUUUCUUAGUAUUGGAAACAUUUGGGUUGUUCUAUUGGUGUAUCAGUUGUAAUAUAUUACCCUGCAAAAUGGGUUAGUUUAUCUCUUCUAAGUUAAGCUAUAUUUGGAGAAUGAAAGACUGUUGAUGAAUGUUGUUUAUUGUCUUUGAACUCUAUUGAUAUUGCUGGGAGAUUGUUGGCUCACAGUUGGUGUGUUAAGAGGUAUUCCUGGAUGCACAACAGGUGUUUGACAAAAUGCCCUACUGAGUCGGCAUCAAUUUGGUAUCAGAGGCAAUGAGCACUUGUGCUCACGACCCGGGAGACUGGCGUAGGCAAGAGGUUUCUGAUCGACCAGCUUGGCCAAUUUUUGGGCAUGACCACUUACGCGACGAGAGAACCGAGUGGUAUGAGCAACGCUAUAAUCAAAUUUGGUACGAUCUGUCACCUGAAGUGCGGGCUGAGUUGUACGAACAAGAGUAUACUCCUCCUCAGUCUGAACCAGAGAGAUUUCAUGAUGCCAAUGGGAUGGAUUGGAGCGCCUACCGAGUUGAUCAGAAUGAAAAGCAAGGUGUCUGGUGUGAUAGAUCAUGCAACUUGGGCUCUAACGAGUAUAAGUAUGAGCAGUGUGAAUGGCGUCAGAAACCCAUCCAUAACAGAGAUCUCAUUUCGAACAGCAGCACCUCGCAUAUUGGGGGACCCUUUCAAGUGUUUGAGAAAAUGUCUGACCCAGGUUCGGCUGUCCAAAUUGCCACACAUCCGGGCGAUUGGCAUGGUCACCAUGAAGAUCACCUUGGUCGGAUUGAUGGCAUAUCCCAUAGCUAUGACUCGCGCAAUUGGUCUCGAGACGACCGAACUGAUUGGUAUGACCAUGGAACUAGCAAGUAUGAAAUUCGGUCUGGUGAUUUUGGAACCAAUCAGUCUCCACAGUCCGUGGGUGGCAAUUUAUUUGAUGGCAAUCCUCAAUUUCAGAAGCAUGAUAUACAUUUGCUGAAAGGGGCGGUCGAAAAUCUCACUAGGAUGAUGAGUCAGACGUUGGGCUCCAUGGAUCAAAAGUUGGACCUGCUUGAGAAGGCACUAGCGGAAAAAAAUACCAACCUUCUUAAGCCUCAAGCGGAGUUGUCGGUUCAACAAUUCCUUGUUGAUGAGUCUCCAAGUUCUUUAGAAAUUUCCAAGAAAAAUGAAGCUUAUUUACUUGUUGAAGAGAGAGCUGUUGGUGAGCAGUCUAAUAUACACAUGGAUAGCUUGGAAUUUAAAGUCCAAGACACUGGGAAUGAACUGCUAACAAAGAUGGUAGCGUCUGUCACAAAGCAUGUUGUUGAAGAUUCAUCACCGCCAAUGUCCAUUGAACUUCUUGAGGGCAUGUUUGUGGGGAAUGAUAUUCUGAACUCAACAAGCAGUCCUUUUGAGGUCUCUGAGAAAGGCAUCAUUAUAGAAUUUCCAAAAGAGCCUUCUGCAAAAUAUUUCUCUUGCGAAAAAUACCGGGAUGGAAGUGAUUGUUGGAAUUUUAGUAAGCAUAUGCUAUGCUUCCCGCUUAAUUCCAAGCCAAGCACGAAUCGAUUGAUUAGGUGCAAUGCAUAUGAUCAUUACUGGAUGGGAAAACUGGCCUAUAUUCCUAGAUUUUUGACUGGGAGUGUUGUGUUUAAAGGGAUGAAACUUUUUGUGAUGUGUGAGACAAUCAAAUCUUAUUACUUGGCCAUUGACUUCUCUGGGCAUUGUGACUUCGUCAAGAUCAUUGCUGAGUAUGGUAUUAUCGUUAUGAACUCUGCUACUAGCGGUUGUGCCAUCAUGAUCUCGACACCUGGUCAUAUUGGUGAGCGUGCUUGCCUUUCCUGCAUUACUGUUGACACGAGCUGUCAUUAUAAAAUGCUUGGUGCCACUACUCCACAACACACUCAGGCAACAUAUGAUCAGACUAACAAGGAAGUUUCCUCCUACUCCAUGAUUGGUGAUACUGAAUUUUUUCAGAUUCACAUUCUUGAGCUUGUCGUAAUGGGUGCGAGGCAUGAUGAAAAUUUUAUACCACCAACCUUUGAUCCAGGAAUUCCAACUUUUAUUGUUGAAUAUUGCAACUGGAAACUUGGUUAUGCUCGCACUUCAUAUCUAUUGGUGAUCAUCUAUGCUUGGUUGUUCGAAAAUUCGACAGAGUCGAAUUCUUUUGGGAAGGAGAGAAUUGAUGCAGCGUUUGGGCACUUGGGCAACUCAGUCAUGUGGGCCCACAAAGUUAUUUUGAGCCACAUCCUUUUUGUAGCCGUUGUGGGUUGCGGGUCUUCAAAAGGAUAUAUAUAUUCCUCUGUUGAGAUUGUUGGGGAGUUUUUAGAAGAUUAUAUUCUGAGUCCUUGUCUCCUUAAGACUUCUUAGUAUCUUAGGUAGAGAGUCCUCAAGUUGCUGGUUGAAAUUAAACUCUGGUUGUUUGCUUUUGAUAGAGAAUCCCCGAACCUUUGAAUUUCUUAGUAUUGGAAACAUUUGGGUUGUUCUAUUGGUGUAUCAGUUGUAAUAUAUUACCCUGCAAAAUGGGUUAGUUUAUCUCUUCUAAGUUAAGCUAUAUUUGGAGAAUGAAAGACUGUUGAUGAAUGUUGUUUAUUGU